AUGCAGGUUAGUAGUCUCAUUUGCAAUUUCGGCAUCAGUUUUGAUGUGUCAGGUAAUAAGGGGCAGCGUACAGCAGGUGGAGCGUUGCAGAACUUCUAUCGAGGCACACGAGUCCCCUGUCUCUUCAUAGCCGGCAAAGCUGAUCAAACCGGUGUGCUGCAGAAUUACUACCUCGACCCUCAAGAAUUCUGCGCCAAAUACCACCUCCAUGAUCCCAUCCCCUUCUCCUCAUUCGAUGUACGCCCGCGGUUCGUGGAAGGUAGUUCAGGUCCAGUGGAUGGAGCUCGAUAUCGACGUAGUUCAGCAGACACUGUGACACCGACAGAUAAGAGGAGAACCUCAUGGUUCCUUGACGACGAUGAAUCACCAGAAGCUAGUCCUCUUAGGUGUGUGUUAUUGAUUAUUGCUUAUCUCAAUUUUCUACGCUGGUGA